CAACGACACUGCUUUUGAUGACAGUGGUCUGGCUGUUGGCCCAGUGGCCCAUCAUCUUUGAACACAUUCAGGCGGAUCCUGAGGAUGAGAAUAGGACGAGGACAUCUCCCCACAGACAGUACGGAGUACGGCCUUCCUGUACCCUACUCGCAAGGGAAAUGUCUAGUUUGAGUCCUCUGUACGGGCAGUUUACCACUAUCACUAGAAUUCACUCCUGCCAAUUCUUCAAUCGUCGAGUAGUGACUAUCGAACCAGAUGCAAUCUUCAUUCCAGCCUCCACCACCAAUCAAGGCUUACCUGCGCCCAGGCUAGCGACCCCCUACUCACCUCGUCUUUGACACCACACCAGGGCAGUGACACUAAUAAGACACCACUGGAUCACAGGAUUAGCGCCUCCCGCCCGGUUUCGCAAGGAAUGUUGAUCGGUGACCAGAAAUGCGCCCAGCCACUGAGCGAUCCGACCACCACCAUGGCCAAACCAUACGACCCACCCGACUCUGAUGUUGCCCGUCUGUGCCCGCCUCGUCUUGCUUCAUCCUGAUGGGUCUAAACCCAAAUCAACGCAUGGGCCGACUCGUCAUCCUGACUCCUCAUGCCACAGCCCAUGGGUCAGGCUUUGCCAACUUUUGACGCACCCAUAGUGGGCCCUUGCUAUUGAUGGCGUUCUAUUCGAAGCACCUUGACGACCAGGUUCAGCAAAGCGUUUUCUUUUGCCCCACUCGCAUGGGUGACAUGGGUCGGGCAAGGUUGGUGCGUCUUGCUCCAUCCUUCAAACCUUGCCUUCUUGAGACGAACACUACCGUCAUAUCCAGCAAAGCGCUAUAUCGCCCGCCUACGAUUCAUAAUAUCAGCUUCACCACCACUUCCAGACCUACACAACACCAUUCACCUCUCAUCACAAUACCUUUUCCCUUUAUCAUCCAUCUUCUACCUUUGUCUUGUCUCCAGUCCUUCCUUUACUCGACUGAAUCAACUCCUCAAACAUCUCCAUCCGAUUUGUGGCCAUAGACUUUCCAGAGGAAAUUACCGGUCCCUAUCCAUCUCCCGGCUCUUUUACUGUUUUCCUGUCAUCCCCCUCGUCUCUGGACACUUCUGGACCCAUGUUUUGAACAGCCUUUGUUUGUCUUUGGUCUCUUGUCGACUCCAUCCUUUCCUAGGACAAGUACUACGUACUUUUGGGCUCUCCCAUAAUGAUUGGGACACUCCCGCCGCCUCAACUCACACCUCUUGCACCAGAGGAUAGACUUGGAUUGUUACUCGCUGGCCGAUUGGAACUCGUGUCCAUCCUUGGAGUCGGUGCCUACGGAGUCGUCUAUCGCGCCGUCGACCUUCUUACCAAUAAUCUCUACGCGGUCAAAGCCCUCCCCAAGCUUGGAUUGGACCCCAGACAGCGACGGUUCCAGAAACGCGAAAUUGCCCUGCAUCACCAAGCCAGCCAACAUCCCAAUGUCCUCUCUUUGCUUCGCAUCUUGGACUGCCCGGAGUGCACUUAUUGCGUGAUUGAGUAUUGUCCCGAGGGCGACUUGUUCACCAACAUCACCGAACUAGGCCACUUCGUGGGCGACGACCAAUUGGCCAAGCACGCAUUUCUCCAGAUCUUGGAUGCGGUUGAGUAUUGCCACUCCAUUGGUAUCUACCAUCGGGAUCUGAAGCCUGAGAACAUCCUUCUUACCGACGAUGGCACCACUGUGAAACUCGCCGACUUUGGAUUGGCUACCACGGAUCGCGUCACAUCGGACUUUGGCUGUGGAUCCACCUUUUACAUGUCCCCAGAAUGCCAACAGCCUUCUCCAAGAACACAUGGUCGUUAUGCCGCUGCGCCCAACGAUGUAUGGAGCCUUGGCGUCAUUUUGGUCAACUUGACCUGUGGACGUAACCCCUGGAAAAAGGCCUCGUCCGAGGAUUCCACUUUCCGCGCGUUUCUAAAGGAUCCCAAGUUCUUGAGCACCAUUCUGCCCAUCUCGUUUGAGCUGAACUUGAUCUUGCGACGCAUUUUCGAAUGUGACCCCGACAAGAGGAUCACGAUCCAGGAACUCCGCGAGGCCAUCAUCGACUGUCCCCGGUUGACCACUCUGGCUUAUCCCGACAACCAACCUCCAACUCCUCCUCUAUCCCCUCAACACUUUGUGGACUCCGCGGACUGUGCCAGUGUGGCCCUUCCUUCGCCAUCUUAUCCCCAGGAGCCCCAAUCACCCCUCAGCUUCCAGACCUCGCCUCCGGCAUGGUCGCCCUACCAGUCGCCUCCAUCAAAGCAAGUGUCCUCGUGUUCCUCCCUCUCAGUGGACUCUGGCUAUGAAUCUGAGGUUUCGUACGCUGAUAUUGGCCCCUGCAAUCAACCUUUGAACUUCUACGGCAACGUUAUUCCCCUCAACGACCACGAAAAAACAUUUUAUUCCCCACCUGGAUAUGCACCCGCCGUUGCUACCUAUUAAUCUUCGACUUUGUUCUAUAUAUACUGGACGGUCCCCGAAACGCUGUUAUGAUUUGACCGAACCUUCGACCCCUCGGAAUUGACCCGUUCCAAGGAGGUCCAUCCACCAAGAAUAUAUACCGAUCUGUUUGACAUGGAUCUUUUUUCUCGAAAAGUGCUUUGGAGACGUAGCGAUUUAAUUUCGACCUCGGAGCAUUUGAUGGAGUUUUGAUAUCUGGAGGGAAGGAUUGUCUGGUGCAUGACCUUUGGUCGUCACACUUUGUUGGUGGACUCGUGGAAAAACACUCAUGGAGAAAGUGGUGCAUCACGAUUUGGCGUCUUCUGUUUGUCACUCAAAAUCCAAGUGCUGGGCGAGAUGACACUGGUCACAGGCGAGGGCGGGCUAGACGACUUGACUUUCUACCUCGACAUUUUUUGUAUAUUCACAACCAGGCUUGCUCCCAGGGUUUCCAGGAUCCACGAAGGCCACGGUCCAAAAUGGUCAGCCUGGAAAGAUCCGGUCAAAACCUGGAGUUCUGCGCCUUGUGUGUCCUGGGACCCUAGGCGAAGGGCCCUCUAUAUUGAACAUAUGUACAUAACCAUUCAAAAUUGUUCAAACCAUUUGUAACCCUG